AUGUCAAGAAACGACAGCACCCAAACUCUUGAGCCGGGAGAGUGCGAGGACAUGUUGCUGGACAGCGCGUCAGCUAUGAACAAUUCCGAGGGGACAUCACUCCAUAACCUGUCUUUGCGCUGCUGGCUUCACCUCCUGGCGAUAGAGACCAGCUCAGAACUGCACGGAGACGGCUCCAGCACUGCGGUGCGCGUCAUGAUCGCUCUGGUCUAUUCAGUCGUGUGCGCACUUGGUCUGGUGGGGAAUGCUUUAGCCUUGUAUUUGUUACACUCACGCUACAGGCAGAAACAAUCUUCAAUUAACUGCUUUGUCAUGGCUUUGGCACUCACUGACCUCCAGUUUGUGCUCACCCUGCCCUUCUGGGCCGUGGACACCGUCCUUGACUUCCGCUGGCCCUUUGGCACAGUCAUGUGCAAAAUCAUCAGCUCCGUCACCACCAUGAACAUGUACGCCAGCGUCUUCUUCCUCACCGCCAUGAGCGUGGCGCGCUUCUACACGGUGGUCUCGUCGCUGAAGAUGCACAGCCACCGGACGUCGGCGGCCACGGCCAAGUGGAUAUGCCUGGGCAUCUGGCUGGUCUCCCUGCUGGCCACCCUGCCCCACGCCAUCUACUCCACCAGCGCCCAGUUCCCCGGCGAGGAGCUGUGCCUGGUGCGCUUCCCCGAAACGGGCAGCUGGGACCCGCAGCUCCUGCUGGGCCUCUACCAGCUGCAGAAGGUGCUGGUGGGCUUCGUCAUCCCGCUGGUCGUCAUCACCCUGUGCUACCUGCUGCUGCUGCGCUUCGUGCUGUCGCGGCGCAUCAGCGGCGUGUCGGACAGCGAGCAGGGCCGCCACAAGCGGCGCUCCAAGGUCACCAAGUCGGUGGUGAUUGUUGUGCUGUCCUUCUUCCUGUGCUGGCUGCCCAACCAGGCGCUGACGCUGUGGAGCGUGCUCAUCAAGUUCGACCUGGUGCCCUUCAGCGACGCCUUCUACACGGCGCAGGCCUACGCCUUCCCGCUCACCGUCUGCCUGGCGCACACCAACAGCUGCCUCAACCCCGUGCUCUACUGCCUGGUGCGCCGCGAGUUCCGCGCCGGCCUGAAGGAGAUCCUGCUGCGGGCCAAGCCCUCCUUCUGCAGCCUAAGCCGCCUGCUGCCACGUAAGGCCAAGGUGGCCGAGGCCCCUACCGUGCUGGUGCUGGUGCAGAUGGAAGUCUGA